UGGAUCAGCGGCUUGAGCGGAGAGAAAACGUGUGAUCGGCCACCCCUGCCGACUCCGGGCAUCCCUGUGGUCCUGCGGUGCGAGACGGGGCCAACCGAGUCCUGUGCCAAUCAGCUCAUGCUCGCAUCCUUGCCUAGACCAGGGGUGUUAUCAUCUCAACUUCGCAUCGACCAGCGAAAACUCAUUCCCCUUUCCAUCUCUUCCUGUCAGUGGUGUCCUUUGCCAUGGCAGACUGACCCAUUGACGCCCUCAAGCGGUAUCGAGAAUUCAGACAAAUGGAAGCGUCGCCAAGCCGCCGAGAAUGCCCCUUCAACCGCUAAAGACGACUGCCGUCGGCGGCCGCGACCCUUCCCUCCUGUCGCCCUCCGACUAUGACGCCGACGCCGUCUCCAUUCGCAGCGACCAGGACACCGAUAGCGACGAUGACGAGCGCCAGUUGCGCGCGAGGAAUAGCCGGGAGCUGCGCGCGCACGAUAGGCUGGUGUUGAUGGAGGAGGAGGAGCUGGACCAUUUGGUGAUCGAGACCCGGAAGAAAAAGAAUGGACAACGGAGGGGAUCCGGGCUGCCGAUACCGAAUCCGCUCAAGCUAUUGACCAGGAGGAUGAGCGAUGCGUCGCCGUCGCCGUCGACGUCGAGGAGUCCGUCCCUGCAACCGGGCGAGUCCGUCGAGGACCUCGGAACGGAGAAGAGGAGGGUGAGACGUCAGAGGAGAAGGAUGAAGCGGGACAGACUUCUCUCCGAUGCGCAGCAUGGCGAGGAUGGCGAGUUGAUGUAUGAGAUGGAGGAGGGCGGCAUGAAAGACGGGAGCUCGACGGGCGAGAGCAGCGACCGGGACGACAGCGACGAGGUAGACAGGAAACGCUUGCUGCAUGUUGCCGACACCACGACGAAACGGAAACGCAACUGCCGCCGGUGGGCGCUGCUCUACGCGAUCAUUGCUGUCGCUUUUGCGAUCCUCGUGCUGGUGGCAUGGAGGCUAUCGCUGGACCGGAAGAGUCUAGGCUACAACCCGAAGAUGGUCAGCAACGGCACCGCCAUGUUCGCCCCCACUACCCUCAUCAUCAGUUUGGACGGGUUCCGGGCAGACUUCCUCAAUAGGGGGCUAACCCCGAGGCUCAACGCACUCGUCAAGGAGGGUGUCUCGCCGCUUUACAUGAACCCCUCGUUUCCGAGCGUCACCUUCCCCAACCACUACACGAUUGCUACAGGGCUCUAUCCUGAAGCGCAUGGCGUUGUUGGCAAUAGCUUUUGGGACCCAACUCUGCAGGAAGAGUUCUUUUACACCAAGCCUUCGCGGAGCAUGGAUCCCAAGUGGUGGGGUGGCGAGCCCUUCUGGGUGACCGCGCAGAAGCAAGGCCUCAAGACGGGCAUACACAUGUGGCCAGGGAGCGAGGCCCACAUUCUUAAUGUUGAACCCACGUACGUGGAUAAGUUCAACGGAAAGGAGAUGCUCUCGCGGAAGGUGGACAGAGUCUUGGAACUUUUGGAUAUGCCCGACGCGGACCGUCCCCAGAUUAUUGCGGCGUACGUCCCGAACGUUGACGCCGACGGGCACAAAUACGGUCCGAACAGCACCGAGAUCCAAUUCACGAUUCAAAAGGUGGACAAGAUGCUUGACAGCAUGUUCAAGGGCUUGGAGGACCGGCAUUUGACGGAUAUCGUCAAUAUCAUCGUGGUUUCGGACCACGGCAUGGCGACUACCGACGUUACGCGGCUGAUACAGCUUGAGGAUCUCGUCGACACCAGCAAAAUUGAGCAUACGGACGGCUGGCCGCUCUUUGGGUUACGGCCCAAGAACCCCGACGACCUUCAGGACAUUCACCGGGAGUUGAUCGAAAAGACCAAGGGGAAUCCCAAUCUUGAGGUCUACCUCCGCGAUGUCGAUAUGCCAGAACGGUAUCACUUCUCCAACAAUGAGCGCAUUGCGCCGCUGUGGAUUGUACCCAAGGCAGGCUGGGCGCUCGUUAACAUGGACGAGAUGAACUUGAAGGAAGCGCAGGCGAAGGGCAUGGUGUACCAUCCCCGAGGCCUUCAUGGCUAUGACCAUGAACAUCCCUUGAUGAGGGCAAUUUUUAUUGCCCGGGGCCCGGCUUUCCCGCACAAGCCGAACAGCCGAAUCGAACCCUUCCAAAACAUUGAGAUUUACAACAUGCUAUGCGAUUCCGUCGGAAUCACCCCGGUCCCGAACAACGGCACACUCCGACUACCUCUAAAGCCGAUCGGGUUGCACGACGACCCCGGCUCAAACGGCCUCGAGACACCGGCCGAUCCGGUGGAGUCCCACACUAUCUCAACCUCGCCAAUUCCGAAGCCAACCAAACCCGUGUUGGUCAACCCUGUUACAAGCAGCAUUGCUGCGCCGGUUGCGCCAACAAACACCGUCGGAGUUGACAAGCCCGCGCCACAACCCCAACCCUCUCAACAACCCUCGGAUUCGAGCGACGACAGCGACAAUGAUGGUGACAGCGAUAGUGACAGCGAUAGUGACGAGGACGAUGUCGCGGACAAGGUCGAGUCUUCAGUCAAGGACUUUUGGGAGUGGUUCACCGGAAAGGUGGGCAAUUGGUGGGGGAAGGUCACUGGCCAUGGCAAAGGAGAGGGGGAGAGCGGCAACGAGGGGAGUUCCUCGGGGUAGCCGAUCCCGUGGUUAAGUUGGGGCUUGCUUUUUCCUUCUUCUUUCUUCUUGCAUGCAUGCAUGAGUCCCAGCCGUCGGCGGCGUACUCGUGUUGGCUGAAACCUCUCACUGUGUUGGUGUUACUUGGCGUUGGGUAGCUCAUGUCGGGCAUGGUUGGCGGGUCUUCUGAGUUGCUUUUGGGCAUUAAGCGUUUGAAUAAUAGCGAGAGGGUUAGAUAUCAUGGUCAUUCGAUGGGUUUCAAGUAAUCUGAAUCUAAUUCCACAAAGUGACGGAAGCCCUUUAUGAGAAAGCUAAAAAUAGUAGUUACUCGAUUGUCUGAACUCUCUUUGCGUACCCCUCUCAACCCUUUUCAUUGUUGAGGAACGAGGUACCUGACUUGAAGGGCCUUUCAGGUUGUACUCACAAACUGCGCCGCUAAGGAGGCCCUUUUCCAGACCGGGCACCUCACCCUCGUCGCUGUUGGUUUCCAGCUUCCAGCCGCCACGGG